AUCCCUGAAAUAAAUAUAGCAUGGCAGAGUCGCAAACACCUCUCGCAGCUGAAAAGGAUCCUCUUGCCCGGCGGGAACUAUAUAAAUUUAGUCCAGAAGAACUCAGAGUCUUGAAAGAGUGCAAUUAUGAGAGUUUCUACUUCAGGAGCUUGCCAAUGGGCACUGCACUUGGAGCGCUUGCCUAUUAUGGAGUCAAAUCAGGAUACUUGAAGGGUAGCACCAAGUGGGGCCCUUGGCCUAAAAUCCUGCUAGGUGCAUCAUUUGGGUAUUUUGCAGGGAAAUUGUCUUAUCAAACAAAAUGUGCUGAGAAGCUGAUGACCCUUCCAAAUAGUCCUCUGGCUGAGGCACUACGACAAAGAAGAGGAAAAAACAAAGGAGGUUUUCAAGAAGCGUUUACUUCUGAACCCAUAAACCUUGGACCGUCCCCGCUGUCUUCCGAUACAGAUAGCGGAAGCCAUUCAGACUAUCUACAAGAGCUAAGAAGUGAGGAUCGAUCUUACGAUGCUCCGCCGACAGCUGUUGGGCUUAAUGAUUCCUUUCGACCAUCGAUGGACUCUUUUAUUGUGUCGGAACAGCCUCUGCCUUCUCCAACUCAGCAUUCUUCGUCGUAUGAUGAGCUUCGUAAGAAAAAUCGAGAAGAAUUCGAACAAAAGAGGAUGGAUGCUUACAAGAAGACGGAUGGAUUCAGAACAAAUCCAAAUAUUGCACCGCAGCCCUCUCCGGGUUACGGCACGUCAGGUGUCUCAUCACGAGCUCACCCUUCAGACAAGAAAAAUGCUUAUGGCGAUGUCUGGGAGGAGUGAACUGAACUGAAAUCGGAUCAGCUGUAGGGUAUAGAAAUUCACUUCAAUCGUUACUAUAUUUUUGCUUAAGUUGUAUUCCUCAUAAUCGGAACCCUCUUGGUAUUUCAGUCUUAAAAUUAUAGAGUCUACGAGCACAA